AUGGCCGGAGGAGGGGCGGCGCCGCCGCCGAAGCAGGAGGAGCUGCAGCCGCACCAGGUGAAGGACCAGCUGCACAGCGUGUCCUACUGCAUCACAAGCCCACCGCCCUGGCCUGAGGCCGUCAUCCUUGGAUUCCAGCACUACAUUGUGAUGCUGGGCACGUCUGUCAUCAUACCAAGUGCUCUUGUUCCCCAGAUGGGAGGAGGAAACGAGGAGAAGGCCCGGGUGAUUCAGACGCUGCUGUUUGUUGCUGGCAUCAACACCCUGUGCCAGUCAUUCUUUGGGACUCGCCUCCCUGCAGUGAUGGGUGGAUCCUACACCAUCGUCGCACCCACCAUCUCCAUCAUCAUGGCUGGCCGUUACAGCAAUGAAGCAGACCCUCAUGAGAAAUUCUUGCGGACCAUGCGAGGAACACAAGGCGCUCUCAUCAUUGCAUCGACAAUUCAGAUCAUACUUGGUUUUAGUGGUCUUUGGCGCAAUGUCGUUAAAUUGCUAAGCCCAUUGUCUGCUGUACCUCUGGUCUCGCUAGCUGGAUUUGGGCUAUAUGAGCUUGGUUUUCCAGGGGUUGCUAAGUGUGUAGAAAUUGGGCUUCCAGAAAUCAUUCUAAUGCUCAUAUUUUCUCAGUAUUUACCUCAUGCUGUCCAUGCCGCAAAACCUGUGUUCGACCGGUUUUCUGUGAUUUUCACAAUUGCAAUUGUAUGGCUGUAUGCAUACAUUCUCACGGUUAGCGGUGCAUACAAGAAUGCUCGAACAAAGACACAAGUCCAUUGCCGUGUUGACCGCUCUGGACUUAUUGGUGGAGCUCCUUGGAUUAGGGUCCCAUACCCUUUCCAAUGGGGGGCCCCAACAUUUGAUGCUGGUGAAUCAUUUGCAAUGAUGGUGGCCGCAUUUGUUGCUCUUGUAGAGUCAUCUGGGACCUUCAUUGCUGUGUCAAGAUAUGCAAGCGCGACCAUGAUACCUCCUUCAGUUCUUGGUCGUGGCAUUGGUUGGCAGGGUAUCGGUACUUUACUGGGUGCAUUUUUUGGGACAGCUAAUGGAACUGCAGUGUCAGUUGAAAAUGCCGGUUUACUUGCUUUGACACAUGUUGGCAGCCGGAGAGUAGUCCAGAUAUCUGCAGGCUUCAUGAUUUUCUUCUCUAUCCUUGGGAAAUUCGGGGCGAUCUUUGCUUCAAUCCCACUGCCCAUAUUCGCUGCCCUGUAUUGCAUUUUCUUUGCAUACAUUGGUGCUUGUGGUCUGAGCUUCCUUCAGUUCUGCAACCUGAACAGCUUCAGGACCAAGUUCAUCAUGGGGUUCUCCUUGUUCAUGGGCCUGUCAGUCCCCCAAUAUUUCAACGAGUACACGUCCGUGGCGGGCUACGGCCCGGUGCACACCGGCGCCCGAUGGUUCAACGACAUGAUCAACGUGCCCUUCUCGUCGAAGCCGUUCGUGGCGGUGUUGGUGGCCUUCUUCCUGGACAACACGAUCCAGGUGCGCGACAGCGGCGUGAGGAGGGACAGGGGCUACCACUGGUGGGACAAGUUCCGGAGCUUCAAGACGGACAGCCGGAGCGAGGAGUUCUACUCGCUGCCCUUCAACCUCAACAAGUUUUUCCCUUCGGUCUGA